CGAGGGGACUUUUUUUUUUUAAGUAACCGGGAAAACUUUUCGCUGCACGGUGGCUGCUUUUUUGUCUUUUUUUUUUUUUUAAUCGUUCGGAAGACGAUCCGUUUAGGCGCCUCUCUCUAGUUAUUACAAAUCCACAAAUUGGCAACCCGAGUGCUUUGGAUCUCUGACUUCGUUGGUUAGGAUGUCUUUGGAGGAUGAGAUUGUUUAAAUGACCGGUGAGACACUGAGAACAGGCCUGAGCCUCGUAGAUGGGGAAUGUGUAAAAACUAAACAUGGGCAAAGGAGAUCCUAAGAAGCCGAGAGGCAAAAUGUCAUCAUAUGCAUUCUUUGUGCAAACUUGCCGGGAGGAGCACAAGAAGAAGCACCCGGAUGCUUCCGUCAACUUCUCAGAGUUUUCUAAGAAGUGUUCAGAGAGGUGGAAGACUAUGUCUGCUAAAGAGAAAGGGAAAUUUGAAGAUAUGGCCAAGGCAGACAAGGCCCGUUAUGAAAGAGAAAUGAAAACCUACAUCCCUCCUAAAGGGGAAACAAAAAAGAAGUUCAAGGAUCCCAAUGCACCCAAGAGGCCUCCUUCGGCCUUCUUCUUGUUCUGUUCCGAGUAUCGCCCUAAAAUCAAAGGAGAACAUCCUGGCCUGUCUAUUGGUGAUGUUGCAAAAAAACUGGGAGAGAUGUGGAACAACACUGCUGCAGAUGACAAGCAGCCUUAUGAAAAGAAGGCUGCGAAGCUGAAGGAAAAAUAUGAAAAGGAUAUUGCUGCCUACCGAGCUAAAGGAAAGCCUGAUGCAGCAAAAAAAGGAGUUGUGAAGGCUGAAAAGAGCAAGAAGAAGAAGGAAGAGGAGGAAGAUGAGGAAGAUGAAGAGGACGAAGAAGAGGAGGAAGAUGAAGAGGAUGAGGAUGAAGAUGAAGAGGAUGAUGAUGAAUAAGUUGGUUCUAGCGCAGUUUUUUUUCUUGUCUAUAAAGCAUUUAACCCCCCUGUACACAACUCACUCCUUUUAAAGAAAAAAAAAAUUGAAAUGUAAGGCUGUGUAAGAUUUGUUUUUAAACUGUACAGUGUCUUUUUUUGUAUAGUUAACACACUACCGAAUGUGUCUUUAGAUAGCCCUGUCCUGGUGGUAUUUUCAAUAGCCACUAACCUUGCCUGGUACAGUAUGGGGGUUGUAAAUUGGCAUGGAAAUUUAAAGCAGGUUCUUGUUGGUGCACAGCACAAAUUAGUUAUAUAUGGGGACGGUAGUUUUUUCAUCUUCAGUUGUCUGACGCAGCUUAUACGAAAUAAUUGUUCUGUUAACUGAAUACCACUCUGUAAUUGCAAAAAAAAAGUUGCAGCUGUUUUGUUGACAUUCUGAAUGCUUCUAAGUAAAUACAAUUUUUUUUAUUAGUAUUGUUGUCCUUUUCAUAGGUCUGGAAUUUUUCUUCUUAAGGGGAAACUAGUCUUGCUUUUGCCCAUUUUGGAUCACCUGAAUUACUGCAGUAUGUAUCUCUUCAUGGAGUUAGCUGACAAACUUGUUUCCACACCCUAAAAAUCGUAAUGGGGGUAAUAAAAGUUAAAUUGACAUUUUCACCA